AACUGAAACUGAAACUGAGCAGGCCCCGGAAUUGCAAGGCUGCGGUGGGGCCAGCAGAAUCGCUGCCCCAGACUUGAUCUUCAGCUUGGUGGCUGAGGCCAAGGCCCUGAGACAGGGCCAUGCGCCAUGGGGAGACAGGGAAACUGACAGCUCCCUGCUCAGAAGAGCUUCAGCAAGUGAGUCCCAUGGGUGCCCAGGAGGAGAGGCAUCGCUGAGAUGGAGGGAGUCCUCUGCACAGGAGGCGCAGUCCCGAAGACCAGGCUGUGCAGGGAGGUGGGGUGGGCUACGAGCCUGUACCCCGUCUCCCCUGAGUGCCAGACCCUGACCAGCGCCAGUGAGCCCACAGCCCCCAGGUGCUGCUGCCCCUCUUGAUCCUGAGCAGGAAGCGAGGGGCUCAGAAGCUCUAGGCAGCUUGCUGAGUCUUUCCCGAGACUGCGGGGCUCCGCAGACCACCAUGCCCAGCGCUGCUGCGUGCAGCAAAGGCCAGCUUGGAGGGAGAAAGGCUGCGCGCCCUCGAAGAGAAAUGUCUCUCCCCAGGCAGAGACUAGAGGGCGCCCCCUCCCCAUAAGGAGGCCACCCGUGACAUCUUGCAUUCCCAGCGCAGCCUGUCAGUUCUCAGCCUGGACAAGUCAGAGAGGCCUGACGAGGGGAAGCCUCAAAGCAGACAGAGCAAGGGAGAGGGAGCUGAUGGGGGAGGAGAGGGACUUGGCGUGGGCCCAGGACCCGACUGGCCACAGCACGUGGGAUCACGGAGGAGCCCGAAAGACCCGGUGAAAAUGGAAGUCUACAGGGAGCCAGGUUCAGCUGCAGAGGAGGCAGGCGGUGAGCUGAGCCCUUACACCCAGACCGCGGGGGCGGCGGGCUGGGGAUGGGUUUCAUUUCCCAUCUCAGCCCCGCCCCUCGCAGUUCCUGUAAGUUCUCAAAGGGGAAGGGGCGGGCCAGCCCAGCACUACUAAAAGCCCAGGAGCCUGCAAUCCAGGCACUGUGCUGCUGCAGGGGGACCUGGACCAUCCCAGCCUGGAUAGACUGGCAGCAGAGCUCCUGGUGCGGACCCAGCAGGAAGCAGAAGGGGAGACCAAGAAGAUCCCCUCACAGGAGCAGGAAGGGCCAAGGAAAGGCAAGGGGCUUACAUAGACCUGUCGGGUCACAUCCAUGGAUCGGACAUCUAAUCAGAACACCUCAUCCUUAGGCUCAGACUCCAACAGGUCGAAAAAAAAAAAAAGCAUGAGUCAUUCCUCACCGAAAUCUGGAAAUGUCAAAUCAUCUUUAGCAAAAAAUGACCUUCAUGACAAGUCAGAGAAACAUCAGGAAAGGGGCUCUGAGAGCAACCUCUGCAAGCACUAUGAGGAGAAGGUGCGCCCUUGCAUCGACCUCAUCGACUCCCUGCGGGCCCUGGGUGUGGAGCAGGACCUGGCGCUGCCCGCCAUCGCCGUCAUCGGGGACCAGAGCUCGGGGAAGAGCUCUGUGCUGGAAGCGCUGUCUGGAGUCGCCCUCCCCCGAGGCAGUGGGAUCGUCACGAGGUGCCCGCUGGUACUGAAACUGAAGAAGCUAAAGAAGGGAGAGGACUGGAGCGCCAAGAUCAGCUAUGAGGGAAUCCAGAGAGAGUUCUCAGAGCCGUCAGAGGUUGAAGAGGAGAUCAAUAAAGCCCAGAAUUUAAUUGCUGGGAAAGGACUACAGAUCAGCCACAACCUCAUUGACCUUGAAGUCAGGUCACCACGUGUUUCUGAUCUGACUCUGAUCGACUUGCCUGGGAUCACCAGGGUGCCUGUGGGCAACCAGCCUGCAGAUAUCGGACAGCAGAUAAAGAGACUCAUCAGGACAUACAUCAAAAAGCAGGAGACCAUCAACUUGGUGGUUGUCCCCAGCAAUGUGGACAUCGCCACCACGGAGGCUCUGAGCAUGGCACAGGAGGUGGACCCCGAAGGAGACAGGACCAUAGGCAUCCUGACCAAGCCUGACCUGGUGGACAAGGGCACUGAGGACAAGGUCGUUGAUGUGGUGCGGAACCUCGUGUGCCACCUGAAGAAGGGGUACAUGAUCGUCAAGUGCCGGAGCCAGAAGGACAUCCAGAUGCAGCUGAGCCUGGAUGAGGCUCUGAGGAAGGAAGAGGACUUCUUCAAGGAUCACCCGCAGUUCAGGACUCUUCUGGAGGAUGGGAAGGCCACUGUGCCCUGCCUGGCAGAACGACUGACCACCGAGCUCAUCACCCACAUCUCUAAAUGUCUGCCGCUGUUAGAAGAUGAAAUCCAGGAGAAAUACCAGAAUACAAACGAGGAGCUGCAGAAGUAUGGCAUGGGUGUGCCGCAAGACAACAACGAGAAAACUCUGUUUCUGAUAGAGAAAAUCAAUGGUUUUAAUCAGGACAUCACUGCUCUCAUACAAGGGGAAGAAAGCAUAGACAAGGAGGGUAUCUUCCGUCUGUUUACUAAACUUCGGAGUGAGUUCCACUGCUGGAGUGUCACAAUCAACCAGAGCUUCAGCAAAGGUUAUGAAGCUUUAAAAAAAGAAGUCUGGAGAUUGGAAAAGCAACAUCGUGGCCGGGAGCUGCCAGGAUUUGUGAAUUACAAGGCAUUUGAGAUGAUCAUAAAAAAGCAAGUCAAAGCCCUGGAGCAGCCAGCUGUGGAAAUUCUGCACAAGGUCACUGAUAUGAUCCGACUCACCUUUACAAACACUUCUGAAAAGCAUUUUGAGGAGUUUUUUAACCUCCACAGAACUACAAAGUCCAAAAUUGAAGACAUUCGCUUAGAACUAGAGAUGGAAGCGGAGAAGUCGAUCCGGCUUCACUUCCAGAUGGAGCAGAUCGUCUACUGUGAGGACCAAGUGUACAGGAAAGCCUUGCAGAAGGUCAGAGAGAAGGAAGAACAGGAAAAGAACAGUAACCAGUCAAGAAAAUCCAACCAUCAAUUCCAGACUGAGGACUUGUCCAUGCCUGAAAUCUUACAGCACUUGAAUGCUUACUAUGAGGAAGUCCACAGCCGCAUCUCCAGCCACAUCCCCCUGAUCAUCCAGCACUUCGUCCUGCAGACGUUCGGGGAGCGGUUGCAGAAGAGCAUGCUCCAGCUCCUGCAGGACACGGACGCCUGCAGCCAGCUCCUCCUGGAGCGCAGCGACACCAGGGAGAAGAGAAUGUUCCUCAAAGAGCGGCUGGCACGGCUGACCCAGGCUCGACGCCAGCUGGGCAAAUUCACUGGCUAAUCACACUUUCCAUCCCAUUGAUCCACAGGCUGUCCCCACGGAGAAAGACACGCCCUUCCCCAUAGCUGCCCCGUUCUCCCUUCCUGCUUAGCCAAUGCUGAUGUGUACUAGUCAAACUGAGGAGGCCAGCUCUCUGCUUACCCCAAGGAACAGAGGACAAAGGGGCUCUGGCCUAAGAGGUGUGGCCCCUUGAAGCACAGGUGGUACACAGCUGGAGGAGGCCGCCUUCCUGAUGGGACAGCGGCUUGACCCUGUGCACUGUGCACCCAGGACCUUCUCUCUGUCGUGAGGCCACGCGGCACCAGAGCCCUGGCUGUUUCACGCCUACUUGAUGGAGCUGAGGAGCAAAGCGUGCUCUUUUUCUGUAGGCAGGCGCGUGGGCCCCAAAGAACAUCGACAUCAACCUGCCCUUGUAAGAUGAGAGUGAACCCUGACUCAUCCACGCAGCGAUUGUGAGCACCCUCCUCUUCCUACUUCCUGCUUCCUUCUUGAAAUUUUUUGGGAGGAGGGUUUUUUUUCCCCUGCAGAUGGACUUUUUCUGACCCACCUGCCAAUUAAGGUCUUCUAUAUACAUUUCAGAUUAACCAAUAAAGCUCACUCUAACUCAAUACUUAAUUUACACACAUGCAGGGAGGGACCAGUCAAACUUCCUCAUAAAUACGUUUUCCAGAAUGCUCGCUGGGCACCCACUUUUCAGGACUCCUCUCCAUCACGAGAAGCUUUCCUUUCCUUUCACUUUUUUUUUUUUUUC